CGCCGAUCUGGUAGUUAUUGCAGCAACCAGACUGACUGCGCACGCGACUUGUUUUGAAAUACAUUCGCGAACGGUCGUAAACUGAAUUUAAUUCAAAAAUAUUAGUGCACAUCUAUUCCGUCCGAGAAGUGAAUUAUUUGCAGUAGAGACAGAAUGAAGUAUAUAGCAGUAUUAACGAUAUUAAUUAUAUCGCAUGUGUAUUCGGCGCCUCAGUUUAUAACCUUCAAGGAUGGUAAGAUAGGCGUGAACUUCGGCGGUUACCACGCUGGAGUCGGGCUCGGAGGUUUAUUAGGUGGUGGUGCAAGUACUGGAGGGUUAUUUGCUGAAGCAGGAACUCCUCAUGGUCAAUCAGCAAGGGCAGGAUUAGGUGGAGCAGUCGAUGGCAAUGGCCGAGCCGGAGGUGGACUUUAUGCUGGAGCUACGGCAGGUGGCAACGUCAAAGCAGAAGCCGGUCUUGCAGGAAGAGUAGCUUCAGAAGACGUAGCAGGCAAUGGGUUUGCAACUGCUCAAGCAGGAGGUCAUAAUGCUGUUUCUGGCUUGGCUGGUGAGUCUUCGAUUGCUGGAGCUUCUGGUGUAACAUUCUCCGGUACGAAAUCGAUCGGUAUAUCGGAUCAAGGUGUAAAACUUAAUGAAGUGCAUACCGAUUUUAAUGAUGCACUGAACGAAGUUAAACCCUUGAGUUCCAUUGGAGCAGAAGCUAAAGCCGAUGCACAUUUCAACAUUGAAACUGAAUCUCGUCCAACAGUUAUUGUUAAAGAAGUUGAUAUAGAGCCACAACCACAAAUUAUAGAAAAGCACAUUAUUCACACGCAUACAAAACCACAUCAUAAUCUUCACAAAACAGCCUACAUUGGUGGUUUUAUUGGCGGUGCUGCUGAAGUAGCUCCGCAACCUCCAGUCGUAGUUUACAAUACUCAACCAGUAAUCGAAAAGAGGUUAGAUGUUGGAGCACAGAGUUCAGCUAACGUAGGUGCAGUGGCUGAAAGUAGUGGCAAUGGAGGCGGUCAAGUAACCUACACUAAAGAAGUUACAGUGUCAAGAAAUCCAACUUUGUUCCAAGAUAUUUUUAACAUUCCAAUUUCGGCACUGAAAGCUGUUAGCAGCUUCCUUAGUAACACAGCAGCCAAUACAAACGUUUCCGUUCAGAAAUCAGCGACAAUCCAAGCAGAAUCUGACAUCAUAUCACCGAAACAUUCAUCAUCAUCAUCAUCAUCAGCUUUAUCUGAAUCACACAUAUCGGUACAGACUCCGAGUGCAUCUCAAGUUAUAGGUGACAUUUUUGCAAUACCGAUUAAUACUCUCAGUGCAGUGAACAAGCUUUUGGAGAACAAUGUUCCAGUAAGGAAAAGAGUACAGGUUUCGCAGGAUGAAUCAGGAGAGCCUACCAGAGUGAGAUUAGGCCCUCACGCAAGAAGACGUGCAAACAAACGUGUGGUGGUAAUACAGGAGAGUGACGACAAAGACAAAUUCGAUUGAAAUUUUUAUAUUAAUACUUAUUUUGUACCUGAUUCUAUUGCGAUUGCGUCAAUAAAACUAAG